UCAGUCUCAUCGUCAUUGUAUAUGGUACUCAUAAUUUGGAAAGCUUUCCAAAUAUAGGUUUUCUUCCUCUUAAAAGACAAAAAUGUGAAGAGGGUUUCAGAUUCCAUAUAUCUGACAACAUGGGAGCCAACAGCAGCAGUUUUAACGAGCUGUCCAGUAAUGAAUAUUUAAAACGAUUGUCUUCACCAGAGCCGAUCAACCCAAUAGACCCAUACUGGAACCAGCUUCUUUCCUUCUCUUUCCUUAUCCCAAUCAAUAGUUCUGAUGGCAAACUUUUGGAGGAGGCUACGGCCAGUAUCUGUAAAGGUGUGGCCAUCCACAACUGCAAGAGUGGAAACUUCGGAGCCCUGAUCCGGAAUUUCCUAGUGAGAGCCACGGAGCUCAAAGCUUCUGUACAGUGUGAAGAUAACAUCUUUACCUGGCAGACCUAUAAUGCAUUGUUCAUCAUCAGGUCCCUCAGUAAAUAUUUUGUGGAACACCUGAGUGAGGAACUCAUUUUACAGCAGUUUGAAGCCAAGCCAAAGGAAAUGGGAGGGUACAAGGAUCCAGAGGAAAUGGGUCCAUUACUAGAGGAGCUGAUGAACUCGCUAGUGGAAAUGCUAGUGGAUGUCCCAGUCAUGAACUUUACCUAUGCCCUCCACUUAGAAGCCCUGAACACACUUUUGGUUCUGUUGUCAAUACAGAUGUUUCAACCACAACCUGCCCACAAGUUUAGAGUUUACCAGGUCAUGAUGCAAGGAAGAUGUUCCAUUCAUGCCUGUGUUCUUGUGAAGGCUCUACUGAGAAAUUUCUCUAAUCAAGAGAAGUGUCCCCCCGAACUAUACAGACAAUCCUCUGACGUCAACAGUAUGGUGGCCAAUGUGGCAGCUAGUUUAUGGUCAGUCAUGACUUUGGGCAUGGGAAAUAAAACAGAGAAAAAGGAAGAGGAGUUCCAGGAGACAUUACUAGCCAAUCAGAGCCUGUUAUUCCUCUUGGUGCUGACUAACCAUUGUACAAGUGAGAGAGGAACUAGUAAUCCUUAUAGAGAAGCAUUGUUUGCUUUUACAGAUGUAAAUGAAGAGUCCUCUGUGAGUCAGGUGGCAGCCACCUUUAAGAUGGACUACAAUGCUUUAUACGGAGCCCUGUGUUCUACAUUAAGAGAUGAUCAAACCACACUGUUACUUUAUCUACUGAUUCACAGGAACAGCGGGGUCAAGGCUUUUAUAUUCUCCAGAACUAACAUAGAUCAUCUUGUGAUGCCCUUGUUGAAGAUUCUGUAUCAUGCCCAGGACAAAAAUUCUCACCACAUCUACAUGGCCUUAAUCAUCCUCCUUAUUCUGAGUGAGGAUGACGUGUUCAACAAGGCUGUUCAUGAAAUAACUCUGAAGAACAUCCCUUGGUUUAAGGAGAGACCUAUUUCAGAAAUCUCCCUGGGGGGUCUGCUGAUUCUAGUUGUGAUCCGUACGAUACAGUACAACAUCACCAGAAUGAGGGACAAAUACCUGCACACAAACUGCCUGGCAGCCCUGGCUAACAUGUCGUCACAGUUCACCAAUCUCCACCCGUACGUCGCCCAGAGGAUGGUCAGUUUAUUCUCGCAACUGAGUAAAAAGCAUGCAAGAGUGGUGGAACACAUCCGAGAUUCUGCUGUCACUGAAACGGAGAGAGAUGAGGCGGCAGAGCAAAAUGCAAUGCAGGACUUGGCUGUCCUUGAGGAGGUACUGAGGAUGGUCCUGGAGAUAAUUAAUUCCUGUCUCUGCUCCUCCCUCCAUCACAACCCUCACCUCGUGUACUCUCUGUUGUAUCAGAGGGAACUGUUCAACUCCUUCAAGACACACCCCACCUUCCAGGAUAUCCUACAGAAUAUAGACAUUGUGUUGUCCUACUUCUCAGCUCGUGUAGAAGAAAACAAGAAAGGAGGAAAUAUGUCCCCCUCAGAGGUAUUGGAGAUUAUCAAGGAGGGGUCUGUACAGUUCAGGAGGGAUAAACUCAAGAAAUUCCCUGAUCUGAAGUUUAAGUACGUUGAGGAGGAAUCCCCAGAGGAAUUUUUUAUCCCCUACGUGUGGUCCCUCGUGUAUCACUCCUCUAACAUGUACUUCAAUGCCUCACGCAUAUUACUGUUCUCUCUCUCAUCUUCCUGAUGAACUUAAUGUGAACUGAACCAGAGAAAGUUUGAACAGAACAAAUGAUCAUCUGCAAUUUUCAUGAACCAUGAUGAGCUAGAAAUAUGAAUUGAGACUGUGAACCAGAGAAAAUAUGAACAGAACAAAAGAGAACUGAUCAUGUACUGUUUUGAACCGGUCAUGAAAUAUGCUGUUUUCAUGUUCAUAGUUUGUGAACCAUUCACUGUUUUCAUGUUCAUAGCUUUGUGAACCAAUCAAGAAAUGAAACUAAAUGUGAAUUGAACUAUUCUACUGAAAGUAUGAACACAAACAGAGCUAAAAGAACUGAAUUGGAAUGUGUUGAGCAAUAUUUUGAACCAGUGAAGAAAGACAUGUAUGUUGACUGACUUCUUGUUCACACAUCAGCAUAUGCAUGAACUUGAACAGAACAGUGCAUUCAUAGAGUUGCCAUAUUUUUAUGCUCUGUGGAAGCAAUGAACUGACUCACUACAGAGCUGUCCAAAAAUUUGCAGAUUGAUUCCUCUGUAAUAAUGAAACACUUUAUUUUGAUAAAUCUCGGUUAAGCUUUUAUAGAAUAAUGGUGUUUAUGUUCAGUAGUUAGUCCAAUGUACAUGUAUAUCUAUGCCUAAAUUAAUGGAGUAAUCAUGUCAAAUUGAGAAGAUCAGUCGGGAACUAGUCAGAAGUUCAUAGUGUGGUGAUCCCACCCCUACUCCACUUCCAGAAAAAAAGAACUGUUCUUUUUGACAAAAGUAUGUGUUAGUUAUUUAUAAGGAGGGUGAAAGGUUGAAAUUUUAAUUGAACCAAAAUUUUAUUUAAAUGUAACUGAAAAUGUUAAAAUAUGGCAUUAUACAAAAAUUUUUACCCCUCCCCUCUUUCCCCACAGUUGGAAAUCUUGAAUUGGCCUCUAAAUAUGAUUUCCUCUUCAGUUGAAAUUAUUUGAAAUGAUGAAUAAUUAAAGAGUAUUUAAUUGCAAAUACGGGGCAAUCAAAUGCUUUAAUUUAUUUCAUACCAUAUCCAUGUCAUGAAAUAAUUAGAGGGAGACAACUCUAGUCUUUUUAUUGGGUAUUAAUGUCAAUUGAAUAAUUCAAUAAAUCAAAUGCAUGAAAAGGUAGAUUUUAUUUGGAGAUGUAAUUAUUUGGAAGUAGACAGAAUUUUUCUGUACAUGUGGGUAGCUUCUGUCUGCUUUAUUUGAAUUCCUUAUUUCCAUGGAGUAUUUUCUGUGAUUUUAAACUUUGAAUGUGUUUAAUUAUGUAUAUAUUAUUAUGUAAAAUGUACAUUUUUUGUGAAAAUCUCAUCGUUUCAUCUGACAGUAGAUUUGUAUGUGUAGAUUUGCAGCUGGAGAAAUUUUGUUGAAGAAUUUUAAAGAAAUGUAUUGGGAAUUUGUCAUCUUAUUGAUAAACUACACUUAGUCCAAGUAUGCUGAGUUUUUACCAAAUGGAAGAGGAAAGCAGAGUUGAAUCAAUCAUUUCAUAUAUAUUAAAUUCAGAAGAAUAAGAAAUUUAAUUUGGAAAAUCUGUUUUCAAUUCAUUUUCUCUAAAAAGAAGAUAAUAAGGUUUGACUGUAUAUUGAGAAAAAUCUAAUUUAUGUAACUCAAGGCAUUGUAUUUAAGGUAAAUAGAUUUGUUGGUUUUUCAAAGGUUUGUGUCAGUUAUGCAGUUUUUUAAAGUUCAUUUUUUAAGCACAGCAAUAUGUUUUAAUGCACUAUAUACUUCAAUAUCUGCAAACACCAGCCUUGUUUUGUUUUUAUUUAUUUAACAUGGGAAAGUUUACAUUACUAAGUAUUGAUGUGUAUAUCUAAUAUUACUGUAAUUAAAUUACUUUAUUUUUGUGUAGUUACAUGAGAUUUUCUGCUUGCAAAAAUUCCAUUCUCAUGCAUAUUUAUAUUAUGAAAGAUUAUACAUGUAUAUGAAAAUUUUGUCUCCCUAUUAAAUACAAAAUAAUAAUCUUGCAAAAAAAUCUGGUUAUCUAUAUAUGUGUCAUAAUGUGUGUUUGAAACAUGUUUCUUUAUUAAUCAGUGCAUUUAUUACAUGUGUUCUUGUAUUACAUAAUUACAUGUAUUUAUAUGAGUGAUGCAAAUGUUGUGUUGCUGAUAUAUCAAUCAUUAGAUGAUAUGUCACAGCUGAUAUAGCACUUAUUAGAUGAUAUGUCAGCUGAUAUAUUAAUGGAUGAAAUGUUUUAGUAAUAUAUUGCUAUUGUUGCUAGAAUCAUAUCAGAAUUGCUCUAUUUGUGAUAAAUAAAACAAAGCUAAAUUAAAGAACAUUGAGGAUAGUU